GAGAUCCAAUCCGGUGGAAUUCUGACAUUACUGCUAGCUGCUGACUGGCUGGUUUGUCUCCCUGUACCAGAGACUCUCAGCUGUGUACAGCUAGACACAGAGACACACUGAGGUAGCCACAAGAAGGGAAAAUGAGCAACUCAGGGCUUGAAAACAAGGAACGAAAAGAAGCUUUAAGGUACAUCAGCAAACAGGAAGCUGAAGCCUUAGAAGCAGAGUUACUAGAAGACUAUCGCUUUGGAAAACAACAACUUAUUGAGAUUUUGGGACACAGCUGUGCAUUGGCAAUAACAAAGGUCUAUCCAUUGCAAACACUUCCUAAAAAACAGCCAACUGUUUUGAUUAUUUGUGGUUCGGAACAGAAUGGUGCUAUUGGCCUGGUGUGUGCCCGAAAUCUGCGCAUCUUUGAUUAUGAACCUACAAUAUUCUACCCUAAAAGAUCAUUAGACAAUCUUUACAAGGACUUAACAAUUCAGUGUGAGAAGAUGGAUAUUCCUUUUCUCUCCUACCUGCCAACAGAAGUGCAGUUAAUUAAUGAUGCAUAUAAUUUAGUGGUGGAUGCAGUGUUGGGUGUUGAGGCAGAAACCGGAGAAGUGAAAGAACCAUGGACGAGUAUUUUGGGAACUCUGAAGCUGAUAAAAAUACCCAUUAUCAGUCUGGACAUUCCAUCAGGCUGGGAUAUAGAAGCUGGGAGUAUGGAUGGUAUUAAUCCUGAGGUGCUAAUUUCAUUGUCUGCACCCAAAAGAUGUGCAGUUCAUUUUUCUGGGAAACACCACUUCAUUGCAGGGAGAUUUCUGCCCUACGAUGUACAGAAGAAAUUCGAGUUGAACCUACCGAAAUAUUCUGGAACAGAGUGCGUGGUGGAGUUUUAGAACAGAACAUCUAUUAUCAGUUUGCAAUCUGUCAAUAAAUAUAUACCUUUUCUCUA